AUGUUCCUCAAGCUCGACUGCUUCCACAAGCAGCCCCUCCCCAGCAGCGGCAGCAACAGAGACGCCAAACCCGUCCUGCACCUCCACGCCAACAUGACCGUCUACGCCUUCACCGCCCCGCCAAAACCCCGCUAUUUCUGGCGCGUCACCGACAGCACCUCGCUGACGCGGGUGAACCACAAGAACGACUUCGACACCGGCGCGCAGCUGUGGGGCCACUGGAGCUACUGGACGAGUAUCGUCAACACGGAGAAUCUCGACAACCAAAUCGACUGGUCCCAUCGCUUUACGCCUACCACCGCCGAUGGGGAUGGGAAUGAUCCGCCGUUGUUCGUGAGCGUCACGGAUGAUGUGAGCUGGGCGUCCGAUGAGUUUGAUCGCAGGUUUCGGCGGCGGAGGGAGGAGGUGCGGAUUCAUGUGAUUGAUACGGCGACGUUUGAGUGGGAUUUGGCGUUUUUGGAGUGUGGGGCGAGACUGCCGGUGUUGACGGACUUGGAGAGUGGGUGUACGAUUUUUUCGAGUCGGGAUGCGAGUAAGGCGUUGAACUGGCAUAAUCGGUAUAGGAAUAGCAGGGAGUGGUUUGCGAUCAAAAUGAUACCCUCGACUGUCAUUCUGCCGGACGUAUGGGGGAACGAAUGA